AUGGCGGCUUUCGCAGCGGUCCUCCGAGCCGGGUUGUCACAUAAGGAGCGGAGUGUAAGGCUAGCUGCUGGUCGCUUGGGAGCGCAGGUCGUCCGUCAGGCUUCUGAGGUCGAAGCAAGCAAACGUGCAUCUCUCUCACCAAUCUUCCAGAUCUAUCUCGACAAUCUCAAUGGCACCAAGAGGAGGCGAACCGAGACGGCGAUACUGGGCAUGGGCCUUAUGGGCGAUAUUGACGACGACAAGGUACAGGACUUUGUGCUCCUCAACCUCGUACUCCAAUUAGGCAGCGACACAUUUUCCAAGUCGCUAGCUUACACGACCAUAACCCAGUUGGCGGCUCAGCAUCGAUGUACUAAUUUCCAGCUCCUGGCGCCCUGUCUCGAGACAAUCAGCGUUCAAGUCGUGGAGAAGAUGACGUCGGCGCCCACGCUGUUCCUCGAGGUGCUUGCACUUACCAAUCAAAAUCAAAGCAAGUUCUUGCUCAGCACACUGCAUUAUACCUUGCCCCGCGUUCUCGACCUGGAGGAAACCAAAAGUGACAAGACGCUCAAGCUCAUCGCCAGCGCCAUUGGCCAGAACGUGCGGGCGAUGUGCUUCGAGCAAGCGGCUGCUGUUCUCAGACACUUUCUCAUGCUGCCCUCUCCGCGACGAGAGGAGGGUAUGAACAGGCUCGUCGCCAAGGUGCGCGGAGAUGAGGAACGCGGAGACAUCAAUCUCAAGGGCAUGCUCAAGAGUUAUUCGGUUGAACUUGUCGGUCCCCUCGUCACCUGCCUGGGCGAUCCCAGCUUGCAUGAUAGCGCUCUUGCGGGACUACAACAGUACAACGCCAUAGUCAAUGGUCCAGCUAAGACAUCGUCUUCGGCCAGUGGAGGUGACCUUUCCAGCUUCUUGAAAGACGAGAUCUUGGCGAUUCUUUCGUGGAUCAACGAGGAUCUGAUGAAUGGACAUGGGAAGAAGAGUCUUGCGCACAAGGCCAUGACGGCGAGGAGUGUGGGAGCGCUCAUAAAGGUUGUUGGCCAGACAAUCUCCAUGGUGACGCCCCAGAUCAUGGCCACGCUUAACAGCACCAUCCAGGUUCGCGAGCUUGUUCUGCCAGCUCUCGAGAGCUGGCGGGUCUUCAUCACGCGGAUGCGCUACGAUGACGUGGCACCCUUCAUUGGUCAGACUGCGGCGACGUUUUUGGCUGCUUGGUCCCGUUUUGGAGAAGCUGAGAAGCAGCUGGCCUCGUCAAUCUUGCGCUACAUCGUCAUUGACGGCAAAGACUCUUUUCACCAGCAUCUCCGACACGGAUUCCCGAGCUUGGACGAAAUCAAGGCCGACAUCCCCGACGUGUGUAGACAGCUCCGCGACAUUGGCGUCCACGCUUCCCGCCAGCCCGAAGUGAGGCUGCAGCACAUUCUCGACAGGGCAGCCAAUGUCAAUGCGAGCAUCUGUGGACAGGCUCUGCAAGAGCUCAAGAGUUUCCUGACAAAGGAGCGCGACUUUGUUGAACGAAUCACAUCUGGUCACUCGUUUGGUCCCGUCGUCAGCAACAUCGUUCAUGUCCUCUUUACCACUGCGACGCGUGCCGACGAGCAGGAACAGAUCCGUGACGCCUGCUUUGAGAGCUUGGGCAUGCUGGGCGCAGUCGACCCCGAUCGUUUCAAGCUCGAGACGACGAGCCGGAUCGUCCUCAUCGACGACUUUGAGAAUAAGCACGACGUUGUCGAAUUUGCCCUGCAUCUCAUCAAGGACGUUCUGGUUGGCGCCUUUCGCGCGACGAAUGACACGAAGCACCAAGCCGCACUGGCUUACGCAAUCCAGGAGCUCCUCAAGUUUUGCGGCUUCUCUUCGUCCUUGCUGCCCAACAGCACGCAGUUCCGUCAAGUCCAGCUCAAGACUCGGCAACGGUUUACCUCGCUCCCACCGGACAUGCUCGAGACGGUCGCUCCGUUACUAGACUCCAAGUACUCGGUGCAGCAUGGCGAGUCGUCCAAGAGGGAGCGUCCAUUCUACAAGCACACCAGCUCUUUUCGAGAAUGGAUCCAAAUUUGGACAAACGACCUGAUCCUCAACUCGCAGGGUGCUGAUGCGCACACAGUCUUUGAUGUCUUUCGGUCUGCCAUUCGAGAUCACGAUCUCUCGAUUGCCCACCACAUUCUUCCCCACCUUGUCCUCAACAUUCUCAUCCUAGGCGAGGACGUGCAGCUACAGGAGAUCUACGAAGAGUUCAAGGUAAUCCUCUCGGACCAGACCGACCCAAAGACGACCUUUUCGCCAGAGCGCAGAAUGAAAUCGGCCCAGACUGUGUUUGGGCUGCUGGACCACAUCAGCGCGUGGCUUCAUCGGAGAAUGCAAGCGCUGCGAAAGGCCAAAGCCGACGCAGGCAAAGGCCAGAGCCGCCGUCGUGUCGUUGUCGACGAGCGCGCCGUCGUGAGGGUCAACGAGCAAUUCCAGGGCAUCUCUCAGGAGCUCAUGGCGCAGGCGGCGCUUCAGUGCCGUGCCUACGCUCGCUCGCUCUUGAAUUUCGAGCAGAGGAUCCGGACCCUUCGCGAUGCAGGCGCCAAGGACCAAGACCUGCAAUCGCACUACGAGGCCAUGCACACCAUCUAUGCCAGCCUCGAUGAGCCAGACGGAAUGGAGGGCAUUUCAACGAAGGUCAUCUCACCUUCGCUCGAGCACCAGAUUCGAGAACAUGAGAGCACUGGACGAUGGACCGCCGCCCAGAGCUGCUGGGAGGUGCGGUUGCAGCAGCGCCCAGACAGCUCCGAUCUGCACAUGGGCCUUCUUCGGUGUCUGAGAAGCUUGGGUCACUACGACACGAUGCGUACCCACAUCAGGGGUGUACUCAGCGUACAUCCAGACUGGGAUGAGCUCCUGGCGCCCUUUUACGUCGAAGGAUCGUGCAUCCUAUCCGACUGGGCCGAAGUGGGCAAGGUUCUGGUGAGGGGCAACGAUGAUCAGAGUCCGGAGCACGCCACAGCUCGCGUGAUGCUGGCCAUGCAUAACAAUGACUCGAUCACCUUUACGAAGGCAAUGAAGGAUGCUCGAAGGCUGCUUGGCAAGCCCAUCAUCGCUGCCGGCAAAGACUCCUACGUCACGGUGUACGAUUCUGUGGCGCAGCUACACAUGCUCCACGAGCUCAGUAUCAUUCAUGAAGCCUGCGGUUCGGCCACGGCAGAGGGCGUGUCGACUGUAUCAAGGACGAGGCUUUCUCGAAGUCGGCUCAGUGAGACCUUGGCUGCAAGAUUGAAUGCGACGCUGCCCUCGUUCCGAACACGGGAGCCGCUCCUGAGCCUGCGAAGGUCCGCAUUCAGCGCCCACGGACAAUUUCGAGCAGAAACGGGUCAAUCGUGGAUCGCCUCAUCAAAGAUCGCACGUAGGGCGGGCCACACGCAGACGGCCUAUAGCGCCGCAUUGCAGGCCUCGCAGUGGGACGCACCCUUUGCAUUUGUCCAGCAGGCUAAGCUCAUGGCUCUCGGCGAUCAACCACAGGCGGCUAUCCAGGAGCUUUCGAACGCACUGAGCAACUUUGCUGUGCAGAACGGUCAGAUCAAAAGGAUUAGCGACAGUGCCAUCACUGAUCUUGGCUCGAGCAACGGGGAAGAUGACUCCACGACUUUGCUCAGCCACCGCGCGUACGCCAACGCACACCUUCUACGAGCUCGAUUGGCCGAAGCGACGGGUCGGCUGGGUCCCAACGAGAUCAUUGAACAAUAUCGGCAGUGCGCAAAGCUCGAUGAAGGGUCCGAAAAGAUGUGGUACUACCUUGGACGCUUCUAUGACCAGGAUCGAGAGCAAGCGAGCAACUUGAUGGCGCAGCAAUUUAGCGUCUGCCGCUACUAUUUCAAGUCGGCCCAGUGCGGCACAAAGUUCUUCUACCGAACCUUGCCCCGCAUCUGUACGAUUUGGUUCGACUGCGGAGAUGAAGACGACCUGGUCGCCCUAUCGAAGGGCAACGCAGCCAGCAAAAUGGAUCCAGCUCGCGAGCCGGACCGCUUCGAGGCGUUUGACUACUUCAAAAAGCUCAACGAGAUUGUCCGGCGCUUCAUCCGCAAGCUCACGCCGUACCAGUGGCUUGCCGUGUUUCCACAACUUUACUCGCGUGUCGUCCACAAGAACGACAUUGUGUGGAAGGUGUUGCAAGAGCUCAUCGCCUACGUCGUCGAACAAUACCCGCAUCAGGCUAUGUGGUCUCUGGUCGCAGGCUGUCAGUCCAAGGACCCUGAUCGGCUCAAGCGGGUGCGCGACGUUGUCAAGCAAGUCAAGGCCAAAGCCGACCGAGACAAGGUCCGGACGAUUGAGAGGACGCAGAAGAUGGCCGAGGAGCUCCUCAAGCUGUGCGAGCAUCCCGUGGGAAAGGAACAGAAGACGUUGAACAUGCAGACCAACUUUCCACGUCUGGCGGCGCUGGCCACAAACGAGCUCAUUAUCCCGCUCCAAGAAUCGAUUUCGGUUUCGCUGCCCGCCGACAACAUUGCCAACCCCCAGCACCUGCCUUUUGAUGUCGACUUGCCAAGGAUCAGCGGUUUCGAGCAGGUCGUGGAGAUUAUGAACUCGCUGCAGAGACCCCGAAAGAUCGUCGUCAUUGGGAGCAAUGGAAGGAGCUACGCGUUCCUUUGUAAGCCCAAAGACGACCUCCGCAAGGAUGCGCGCCUCAUGGAGUUUGACUCCAUGAUCAACAAUCUCCUCCAGACAAAUUCAGAGUCACGGAAGCGCAAGCUCUACAUUCGCACUUACUCUGUCGUGACGCUCAACGAGGAAUGCGGACUCAUCGAGUGGGUCCCAAACACUGUGGGACUGCGAAACAUCCUUGCGGUGCUGUACAAGCAACGCAACAUUGAGCUGUACACCCGCGAUAUUCACCAGGCUAUGGACGAGGCGAGAAAGCAGACAAAGGCGGCGGCCUCCAGCGAAGUCUUUGAGACCAAGGUUCUGAAAAAAUACCCUCCCGUGUUUCACGAAUGGUUCCUCGUCACCUUUCCUGAGCCAUCGGCCUGGCUCAAGGCCCGCUUGGCCUACGCACACACGUUGGCGGUCAUGUCGAUGGUCGGCCACGUCCUCGGCCUUGGAGACCGGCAUGGCGAGAACAUUCUCUUUGACGCCCAAUCUGGCGAUACCGUCCACGUCGAUCUCAAUUGUCUGUUCGAAAAGGGUCUCACAUUUGAGAUUCAGGAGAAGGUGCCCUUCCGGCUGACACAGAACCUCGUCGAUGCCCUUGGCGUGACGGGCCACGAAGGCGUGUUCCGUAAGGCGGCCGAAGUGUCGAUGGGCAUCUUGCGCGACAAUAAGGACUCACUCAUGAGUGUCCUCGAGGCGAUGGUCCACGAUCCUCUAGUCGAAUGGGGUAGCGACAAUCGGUCCAAGAGCGGGCGGGGAGCGAGCACGAAUCGCGUGGACCCGAGAGUGGCGCAGGCGAGAAAGGCGCUGGAACCUGUCAAGGAGAAGCUGAGCGGCAGGGUGCGCAAGUCGGACUCGAGCUGGACGGCCGUGCACCACUCGACGACGAGCCUCGUCGAUGCGCUGCUGAGGGAUGCCAUGUCCAAGAGCCUGCUGGCGCGCAUGUACGUCGGCUGGGCUUCGUAUCUCUAG